CCAGCUGCGGGCAGCGGCCCCGAGCGCGGCCCCGGCAGCGCAGCCGGAGCGGCGGCAGCGGCGGCGGAGCGGCGUUAGCGGAGCGGGCCGGGCCGGGCCCGCAGCCCCCGCGCAGCAUGGCCGAGCCGCCCGCGGCAGCGCCGGCCCCCGAGGGCGAGGAGGGCCCGGUGCGCUUCGCCCGCAAGGGCGCCCUGCGGCAGAAGAACGUGCACGAGGUGAAGAACCACAAGUUCACGGCGCGCUUCUUCAAGCAGCCCACCUUCUGCAGCCACUGCACCGACUUCAUCUGGGGCUUCGGCAAGCAGGGCUUCCAGUGUCAAGUUUGCUGCUUCGUGGUGCACAAGAGGUGCCAUGAAUUCGUCACCUUCUCCUGCCCCGGUGCUGACAAGGGCCCUGCCUCGGAUGACCCCCGGAGCAAACACAAAUUCAAAAUCCACACGUACUCCAGCCCCACCUUCUGUGACCACUGCGGGUCCCUGCUCUACGGGCUCAUUCACCAGGGCAUGAAAUGUGACACCUGCAUGAUGAACGUGCACAAGCGCUGUGUGAUGAACGUGCCCAGCCUGUGCGGGACCGACCACACGGAGCGCCGGGGCCGCAUCUACAUCCGCGCCGACAUCGACAAGGACGUGCUCACCGUCGUAGUAAGAGAUGCUAAAAACCUAGUUCCUAUGGACCCUAAUGGCUUGUCAGAUCCCUACGUGAAGCUUAAGCUAAUCCCUGACCCCAAAAACGAAAGCAAACAGAAGACCAAAACUAUCAAGUGCUCCCUGAAUCCCGAGUGGAACGAGACAUUUAAAUUCCAGCUGAAGGAGGCAGACAAGGACAGGAGGUUGUCUGUGGAGAUCUGGGACUGGGAUCUGACCAGCAGGAACGACUUCAUGGGCUCCCUGUCCUUCGGCAUCUCGGAGCUGCAGAAGUCCGGCGUGGAUGGAUGGUUCAAGCUGCUGAGCCAGGAGGAGGGCGAGUAUUUCAACGUCCCCGUGCCUCCCGAGGGAGAGGAAGGAAACGAGGAGCUGAGGCAGAAGUUUGAGAGAGCCAAGAUUGGCACGGGCUCCAAGGCUGCGGAUGAGAAGACACGAAAUGCCAUCUCCAAACUGGACAACAACGGCAGCCGGGACCGCAUGAAGCUCUCGGACUUCAACUUCCUGAUGGUGCUGGGCAAAGGGAGCUUUGGGAAGGUGAUGCUGGCAGAGAGGAAGGGCACGGAUGAGCUGUAUGCUGUGAAGAUCCUGAAGAAGGACGUGGUGAUCCAGGACGACGACGUGGAGUGCACCAUGGUGGAGAAGCGCGUGCUGGCGCUCUCGGGGAAGCCUCCCUUCCUCACCCAGCUGCACUCCUGCUUCCAGACCAUGGAUCGCUUGUACUUUGUGAUGGAGUACGUGAAUGGUGGGGACCUGAUGUACCAGAUCCAGCAGGUCGGGAGGUUCAAGGAGCCCCACGCUGUGUUCUACGCAGCAGAAAUAGCCAUCGGGCUGUUCUUCCUGCAGAGCAAAGGCAUCAUUUAUCGGGACCUGAAGCUGGACAAUGUGAUGCUGGACAGCGAGGGGCACAUCAAGAUCGCCGACUUUGGCAUGUGCAAGGAGAACAUCUGGGAUGGGGUCACCACCAAGACCUUCUGUGGCACCCCCGACUACAUCGCGCCCGAGAUCAUUGCCUACCAGCCCUACGGGAAGUCAGUGGAUUGGUGGGCGUUUGGAGUGCUGCUCUAUGAGAUGCUGGCUGGCCAGGCCCCCUUUGAGGGAGAAGAUGAGGAUGAGCUCUUCCAGUCCAUCAUGGAGCACAAUGUCGCCUACCCCAAGUCCAUGUCCAAGGAGGCCGUGGCCAUCUGCAAAGGGCUGAUGACCAAGCACCCUGCCAAGCGCCUGGGCUGCGGCCCCGAGGGGGAGCGGGACAUCAAGGAGCACGCCUUCUUCCGCUACAUCGACUGGGACAAGCUGGAGCGCAAGGAGAUCCAGCCCCCCUUCAAGCCAAAGGCUUGCGGACGCAAUGCUGAAAACUUCGACCGGUUUUUCACCCGGCACCCGCCCGUGCUAACUCCUCCCGACCAGGAAGUCGUCGGGAACAUUGACCAGUCAGAAUUCGAAGGAUUUUCCUUUGUUAACUCAGAGUUUUCUAAGCCUCAAGCCAAGAGCUAAGCUGCUGUGCAGAUCUCAUCCCCGCGUCUGUCAUCGGGUCCCAGCUGCCGUUGUGGUGACACAUUCCAUUGCAGAACUCGCAUCCAUGGGCUUGCUUUAGUUCCUUACUAGAGUGACCAUGUCUCAAGUGUCUUCCUGUUAUCUGGGGUGUCGCUGGAGGGAAGUGAUGUGCAAGAAAUGCUGCAAAUGGGCUUUUGUAACGUUUUGUUUGGAGAAAAUGCAAACAGCUCAGUGGGUGACAACGAAAACGGAGACAUGGUGACAACUGGGAGAAAUCCCUUCAUCAUGUGCUUUAAUUCCUUGCUCUUUCCUUUUUCUAGUCUUUGAAAUAACCAUGAAAAUUUAAUAUUUAGCCUUCUCAGCCUUAGUGGCAAGAAGCGUUUUUAAUGAAACCGAUCCCCAGAGUCUCUCCUCCCAAAAGCUCAGGAGAGCCAAGGUGCUGGCUCUGGCUCCCUUUUGGCCGUGUCCUGCUGUGUGUCCAGCCCCAGCACAGCUCCCCUUCCCUGCACAGAUGCUUUGGGCUGGCUGGGUCCCCAGCAGUGGGAUAAGUUAUUGGGGAAGGCAGAGCUGCCCUUGGCAGAGAUUUCUCCUGAUUGUGCAGCUUCUAAGUAGCAUUUUUUAAAAUCAAAGCGAACAUCCUGUGGUAAAUGGGAAAUUUGGAAGAGCUGCCUUUGAACCCUUGGUCACCCUAGUAAACAACACCAACAUCCAUUCCAUAGCUAAGCUUUUUCUUCUUCUCAAAUGCCAAAGCCAUUGAUGGAGUUUGUUACCUGUGCUUUAAAUGUGUCAAAAAUGGUAUUGACCGUAAUGGGAGGUACUUAACUCUGACCAGUAUUGUGAAUUCUGAUGAAGGGUGUAAAGAAGCUUGUUUCAACGGGUACUUCUGUCCUUAGAAAUGGCCCGAGUUUUGUUUCUGGCAUCAAAGGAAACAUUUCGAGAAGGGUGAGUUUCUCUUCAAAGGACAACAAUCACACUGCUUCCUUUUAUACCCUUGCAGGUGUUCGUGGGCUGUCACUGUAUCAAUCUGCUUGAUUUGUAAUGUGCCAAUUUGUUUUUUUCUGAUACCGAUGAUAAAAUAAAAAGAAAGAAAACCCGCCCCAGAAACCUGCCUGUGUUUGGCAAUAACAAGAUUCUGCAGUUCAGCCAGGUGAUUCCUGCCGGCAGCCGGGGCUGGAAGCCGCCCUGGCUGCUGGGGGAUGCUGGCUCAGUGGCGGCGGUGGAGCCGCUCCUCGUUCUUCCUCUGUUUGUCCCCAAAAUCCGAGCUGGGAUGUGCUGGAAGCAUCAUCUGGGAGGGAGCGACUGCCCACAGCCUCCUGCAGCAGCGCCCACCGCUCUGGGCUCCACGCGGCCGGGGAAGGAGCUGAUGUAAGUGGGUGAGCAGGAAGGCCUGUCCAGGGAGAGGAUACGGCAGAAAGGACGGUCUGGGCUGAGGACGCAGCAGGAAGGACAGUCCAGGGUGAGAACAUGGCAGGAAGGAUGGUCCAGGGUCAGCAGGAAGGAUGGUCCAAGGUGAGGACACAGCAGGAAGGACGGUCCAGGACUGGCACAGCGCAUCCCUGGCAUCGCCUCGCACUCCCCGAGCUGCAGAGCCCGGUGUGACUCAUCCAUCCAUCCAUCCAUCCCUGCCCGCUCUCCCAGGAGCACUCGUUAGAAGCGGUUGGCACUUCCAUCUAAAGAGGGAUUACAGGCUGCUGUGAACCUCCCUGCUGCCUCUGGGAAUCGGCCGCUGCCAAGUUCGGACACUGCAAGGUUGUUCCGAGAGGUCCCGACCAUCAGCGGGAGCUGCUGGAGCUCUGCCGUGGAGAGGGGGCUCUGUGGCAGGAUCCCCAUCCCUGGGCCAGGCAGAGAUCCUGCUCCGGGCCAGCCCUACCUGGGCACAGUGCCACGGGCAGAGGGACCCCAGCUGUGCCACACCGCGCCACCACCACACAGUGUCACCAGCAUAUCGCGCCACCAGCACACCGUGUCACCAGCAUAUCGCGCCACCAGCACACCGUGUCACCAGCAUAUCACACCACCAGCACAACGUGCCACUACCACGCCGUGUCACCGCCACGCCACCCCGCUGUGCUCCUGCUGUGCCCCUCGCAACCUCCCAGAGUCAAUUUGCCCAUCGCUGGAGGCACUGUCAGCCCUGAUUUUCCCCUGCGCUCCCCUCUCUCCGUGAGACCCGCACAGCCGUUCCCUGCCUGCUCCCAGAGAGGUUGUUCAUCAUCUUGACAGAGGCCAAAUUGCCACCAGUUCAGGCAGAAUUCGAGGUAAGAUUCCAGCAAACUCACACUUUGCUGUGCUCAGCCUCCAGCCAAGGCCCCAAGGAGUGGGGGCUGCUGCAGAGGGCAGUGCAGGGGAGUGGGCUGCCCUGAGCCCCCUCCCGGGCUCAUUGCAGCCUCUCCCAGAGCUUUCUGCUGCCCAAAAGCAGCAGCAGGAGGUGUUUCCCACUCCAGGGCUCCCAGGCUGAGCACUCCCGAGGGCUGGGGACCACGGUGGCAGCCUGCACCAGUCACAUGUGGAUGUGUCGUUCCCUUUGCAGCAUCCCAAAGCUUUCCUGCUCAGGAGAAGCUCCUGGCUUGGUAGGAUAGUGCUGUCCUGGCCCACGAUGCUUUGGAUGGAUGUGGCCUUCAGGAACCAUCUCAGCACUCUCCAGGAGCCUUGGACAACUUUCCACAGACAGACCCCGAGCACAGCCACGGCCAGGGAGCACCCUGGGGCACCCUGCUGCCAUCGAGGUGGGCUUGUCCUCACAUUCCCACUGCUUCACCCUUUGCCUGCAGAACUCUGCACCUGAAGCUGACCCUGUCACCCUGUCUGCUCCCUGUUCCUGCUCUAUGCCCCGAAUCCACAUCUCCUUCCUUCUCUGUGCUGGAGAGAGGAGCCCUGGAGGGACCCUGGUGCCCAGGGCCCGGCUGGGAGCCACAGACACCGGUGCCCUGUGGAGCAUCUCCCUGUGCUCACAGCCUGACAGCACAGCCACAGCCUGCCUCACCUCCUGCCUCUUCUGCUUCUCCUCUCUCGGCUCCUCGAGCUCCAUCCAGACCUGUUUUCUUCCCACCUCGUCUCUGCUCCAUCGUCCUUGGCUUUUCCUGAUCUUCCUCCCCGAGGCUGAAGCCAUCCUGAUGGGAUGUCUGCUGGGGCAGUGGAAUCUGCAGCACCCCCGAGGUCCUGAUGCACUGCUGGCUCAUCUCCCAGGGCUCCGUCCAGCUGCAGUGUGGUGCCCCUGGCCUGUCCAGGCUGGCAGGAAGACCUGGCUCUGUGUCCUGGCCGUGCUCCUGCUCGAGGAUGAAGGUGCCCCAGUGGGCCAGGAGGGGCUGCAGGGGGGACACAGCAUCUGUCCUGCCAGGUCCUUCCCCAGCACAGCAGUGGGAGCUCAGCCAUGGGGGUGGGAUGGGGUGCAGCACCUGCAGGACCCCCACAGUCACUUUCCUCAGUUCAAGCUGGCAGAUUCAUCCAGGGUUGGAAAUCCUGGUGCAGCAGAGCCCAGCGAGGGCCUGGCAUGGUGAGGCCGCACUUCAAAGGCAAAGUCUGGGAAAAACAGAAAACAAAUACAGUUUGUGCAAGGCUGGCAGGGUCCUACCUGUAUCACAGCAGGGGAAGGUGACCUCCAGCAGGGAGCUGGGGUCUCUCCUGUGUAGGGACAUGGAAGAAGGGCUGGAGAAGCCUUUUGUCCCUGGUGGCUUUGGUAACGAGCAGAGCAGAGCCAGUUCCUGGCUGCCAGUGUCCCUCCACCACCGGUCACUGUGGGUGAAGGGCCUGGGGUGCUUGUGCUGUACCCUCAGUGCUCAGUCACCCUCCAGCCAUGGCUGUGUCCCCUCCCACAGCAGGACAGCCCCGAGGCAGGCGCUCUGGGAUCUGCAGGGUUUGGAGGAGCAGCCCACGCGCUCCCGGCGCUGGCUCCGCAGUGCUGAUAACAGGUUCCCAGUGCUAAUCCUGACACUAACGUCCUUUCUUUCCCUUUUUUGGCUUGGGUGUAGCUGCAAAGUUGUUCUCCUUAAGAAAUUGCAAGGAGAAAAUGUUGCAUAUGUGGAAUUUUCCUUCUGAGAGGUUUUGAAGUGCUGUGUGUUUUCUCUCUGUACAACCCUGGAGCAAAUCACAUCCUCCAUCAAUGAACCAGUGUUGCUUAACACCAUAUCACGGCAUCAUUCAAAAAUCAAGCUUAAAGCAGAAAGAGCUCUUACAGCUGAUUAUUUUGUGCAGAUUUUGACAUGGUAGUGACUGUUGCUGCCAUUUCGAGGCAUGUUGCUUCCUCCAGGCUCCUUCCUCCUGUGCAGUGCCGAGCUCUGGUUGCAGUGGGGGUUCUGCAUGCUCAGAUCUGCUCCGUGCUCUCUCUCUCCCUCAGCAAACAGGGCAGGAGGGAUGCUCCCGUCCCACCACGGCUCUCACCGGUCCCUCUGUGUCCUGCUCGUGGGUCUCAGGCGUGUUAAACUGGUGUUCUCCUCUUCCUGCUGCUGGUGGGGGGCUGCUUCUGUUCUACAGGGCUGUGAGCUCCUGCUCGGGGGCAGCUUGAGAAACAGCGUGGAGUGUGGAGUGCUGGGACAGUGCAGCUCCCUGGGGACAGCCCCGGUGCUGUCCCCUCUGGUGGUGCUGUCCCCUCUGGUGGCUCGCUCCUUCCCCACU